AUGGGAGCGAAAACCGGUCUUUUUCAUUCUCAUGGGCUAUUGAACAAAAUAGCUUUUACUUGGAAUCAUCUGAGCCCAGAAAAGCCUAGCGAUGACGUUUGGACGGAUGAAAACACUGGUGUCGAAAAUUCAACUUUGAUGGGAGCACCAUCACUUAUGCUUCCGAACUCGCUCAAUAGAAGUGGGAAAUUCAAACGAUCUUUGAAGAAAGCGAAAAGAUUGCUUAACAACGGACUUGGAUCUCCCCCUGCGCGCAAGACCUCCGCUACAAUUCGCUCAAACGGUAGUAAUGAUCCAGUUCGGUUUUUGUCGGUCUUUGGCAGGAGCCAUUUGAAUUCUGAGCUCUGGCUUUCGAAGCAAGAUGGGGUUGCUACGUUAGAACAAGAGAAAGAGAAUAGUCAACCGUUGAUCAAAAAAAUUGAACCCAAGGAUUCUACGACAAAGCGCGAUCCAUUAAAAGACCUGCCCAUUGAGGUCAGCGAAUAUCUGACAGCAGAAGAAAUUGAGAACAGAGAUACACACAUCAAUGUGGGAGAGCCAAAAUCCAAGCGCAUCAGCGGUGAACUGAAAUUGGUCUUUGCCAUGGCAAUUACUGAAUUUGUACAAGAAAAUGACAGAUGGAUUCAGAAGCUUAGGAUGGCGCAGACAUCGUGGGACAAGUCGGACGCAGCGCGAAGCGAGCAUCUGAGGUUCCUUGAGAAUUUACAAAACCUGCUAAAGUACGAAUCUGGCUUCUUGGAGGAAAUGAGUGCAAAAUUUGAGGCAGUGUGUGAAGAGAAUGAGGUAUUGCGAGGGCUGGAGUAA